AAAAAAAAAAAAAAAAAAAAAAAAAAAAAAAGAUGAUGUGAUUUGUUGCUGGGGUCUGUGACAAAUAAGCAUGUCCCUUUUACAUCGGUAGAAUAUGAUUUGUAGUUCAGGGCAUCUCUACCAUGAUGGUUCAAUUAUAAUGGAAUGUUGUGACAUGUUUUACCUUUAUCAAAAAAAAAAAAAAAUGCAGUUCCUGCGAUUUUGACAUUGUACUUGAUCAUAUUGUGAUUUCAAUAAUAUUCCAAUUAAUUGUUCAGCCAUAUUUAGCGACAGCAUAAUAAUCAGUGAUUAGUUUUAAUGUUGUGGCUGAUCAGUGUAUGUGAAGAUGAAUGUCCUAUAACUUACUGUUAAGUGAUUCUUCUCCAAUCAUCUUUCCCCUGGCAUUCUAUUUUUUUCUUUAAAUGUAGAGCUGGGUAAUACAGUCACAAUGAGUUUACACUGAACACCUUCAUGUUGAUGAUCUGAUAUUAUUUGAGGAUACCGGCUGAAGAUUUCGUAGGUUAUUAUUGAUAAAUGUGUUGAAAGUACAGAGGGAGAGGCUAAUGAUCAGGUGUUUCAGCAUCCCCCCGCCCCCCACCACCGCUCUGACGUCACUGCCAGGAGCUGUCCACACAGCGGUGGUGCUGAAGCUGAACAAGAUGGCUGUGUGUUGGGGAGCGGAGAGCUGAGCGUGAAGGGGGUUGGGGGAAAUAGUAUCGAAUUUAGACGGACACGCCGUUUAACAAAAUAAAGGCGGAGAGGUUCUGCGGCUCUGGCGUCCACCCUCAAAGUGUGAAGACUUAUUUUUGACCAACGUAACGAGCCCUGCCAGGCCCAGUCUCUGCAAGCGACUGCAGGCUUCUCUAUCUCCAGCCCAACGAGUCUUUCCCAAGGCUGUAUAUUGUACAGAUAAGCUCACUUAAGAAAGCUGGUGAAGAAACUGGACCCCGCACUAAAGGCGCCUAUAAGAAAUGUCAUUGCUGUGUGUUGGAGUGAAGAAAGCCAAGCUCGAUGGACCCCAAGAGAAAUUUAACACAUACGUGACCCUGAAGGUGCAGAAUGUUAAGAGCACAACCAUCGCUGUGCGCGGCAGUCAGCCGUGCUGGGAGCAGGAUUUCAUGUUUGAAAUAAACCGCCUGGAUCUGGGCCUGACAGUGGAGGUGUGGAAUAAAGGGCUGAUCUGGGACACCAUGGUGGGCACCUUAUGGAUCCCCCUGCGCAGCAUACGGCAGUCCAAUGAGGAGGGUCCGGGUCAGUGGCUGACCCUGGACUCUAACGUGAUCAUGGCUGAGAAUGAGAUCUGUGGAACCAAAGACCCGACCUUUCACAGGCUGCUGCUCGACACCCGCUUUGAACUGCCACUAGACAUUCCAGAGGAAGAGGCCAGAUACUGGGCCAAGAAACUUGAACAACUUAAUGCCAUGAGAGAUCAAGAUUAUGCCUAUCAAGAGGAACAGGAACGACCACUACAUGCACCAUCCACACAGUGCUGUAAUUGGAGUCUGUGGGGAGAUCAGCAAAACGAGGACCCGGACAGCGCUGUGGACGACAGGGACAGCGACUACCGCAGUGAGACCAGUAACAGCAUCCCGCCUCCCUACUACACCACCUCUCAGCCCAACGCCUCCAUGCACCAGUAUCCCAUGAGACACCAGCACUACAGACACUCCUACAACGACGACAUCCAUGAGCUGGACUAUGACCACAGAGCCAUGAGACGCUAUGAUAGUUUAGACUCGGCCACCAACGGGCGCAGCGAUAUCGACUCAGGCUCAGGGUCGAGCCGGCGCACCAGUCGUCAGUAUUCUCUAGACAGUAGGCAUUCACUGUCCGAUAGUCCCACAGACAGUCGUUACGCCUCAUCAGGCGAGUUGAGUCGGGGCAGCUCUCAGCUCAGUGAGGAGUUUGUACCAGAGGACGGCGAGAGCUUGCGAGGUUCAGAGUUCUACGAUGAAAAUGACUCCUACCACUCCUGCCACUCUUCAGUCAGCUACGGCAAAGAGGAUUCCCCAGGCUGGGAUGGCGAAGACCACCAAGGCGUCUACAGCGACGAGGGAGGCUACCUCAAAGACGGAGGGGAAGAGGGGGCGCUGUAUGACGAAGACGAGGGAGACAUGUAUGGGGAGGAAGGAGAGUACAACUAUGAGGACGAGGAGGAGAUGCCAUACGAAGAAGAUGAAGAUAUGUAUCCGCUUGACGGCACACUCAGUGAAGACCAGGAACCGCCCUACACCCCCACACCCACAAGCACUGCCCCGACCCUGAUGCCGCCCUCUGAUGGUCUGUCCUCCACCAGGCCACCACUGGAGAAGCAGGCAUCAUUGCAUCAGCAGCGGCCGGCCCACGAUCAGCUCCAGCCCCCAGGCACAGCUCCCGGUCUUCCUCCAGUGUCACAGGAAGACACGCUACCCCCUUCAGGUUCAGACUCCACCAAACCUCCCUUUGCACCCUCACAGCCAGACAUGUCUACCACUACGUCAUCCAUCCCUUCAACAACAUCACAAGUCCCAGCUGCAGACUCCAAGCCCCUGGAGCCUGAGCCCAAAUCUGAGACACCGUUUGUGGAGCGUCAACCCUCCGAGCAGCCUCCAGCAGCAGAGAGCAUCCCCCCAGCUCCUGUAGAGAAACCAGAGGAGCCUCCUGUUCCAAGCUUCCCAAAGAGAGAAAUCAUGGAGCCUGGUCCUGCCAGAGCCAAAGCCAACUGGCUUAGACUUUUCAGCAGAGUGCGACUACAGCUGCAAGAGGCCAGAGGAGAAAGUGUUGGCAUCGCCUCUCUGCUUUUAUCAGCAGGGAUGGGUGGCGCUCUGUAUAGCAUUGACAGUAUGCCAGACCUCAGGAAGAGGAAAGCUAUGCCUCUGGUCAGAGAUCUGUCUUUGGUUCAGAACUCCAGGAAAGCAGGCAUCACCUCAGCCCUGACGUCCAGCACCCUGCAUAAUGAAGAACUGAAGAGUCAUGUCUAUAAGAAGACCCUUCAGGCCCUCAUAUAUCCCAUCUCCUGCACCACCCCGCACAAUUUUGAGGUGUGGACAGCCACUACCCCCACUUACUGCUAUGAGUGUGAGGGACUGCUGUGGGGCAUUGCUCGCCAGGGCAUGCGCUGUACCGAGUGUGGAGUCAAAUGUCAUGAAAAGUGCCAAGAUCUACUCAAUGCUGACUGUCUGCAAAGGGCGGCAGAGAAGAGCUCCAAACAUGGUGCAGAGGACCGAACCCAAAACAUCAUCAUGGUUCUCAAGGACCGCAUGAAGAUCCGCGAGAGGAACAAACCAGAGAUCUUUGAGCUCAUUCAGGAAGUGUUCACCGUCCCCAAGUCCACCCACGUCACCCACAUGAAGCAGAUCAAACAGAGUGUGCUCGAUGGCACCUCUAAAUGGUCGGCCAAGAUCAGCAUCACAGUGUUGUGUGCCCAGGGUCUACAAGCCAAGGAUAAAACUGGUUCCAGUGACCCUUAUGUCACCGUCCAGGUGGGAAAGACCAAAAAAAGGACCAAGACCAUUUAUGGCAACCUCAACCCUGUCUGGGAGGAGACAUUUAAUUUUGAGUGUCACAACUCCUCAGAUCGUAUCAAGGUGCGAGUGUGGGAUGAGGACGAUGACAUUAAGUCUCGAGUGAAGCAGAAGUUCAAGCGGGAGUCAGAUGACUUCCUCGGUCAGACUAUCAUCGAGGUCCGCACUCUGAGCGGAGAGAUGGACGUCUGGUACAAUCUCGACAAGCGUACAGACAAAUCAGCUGUGUCUGGAGCUAUCCGCAUGCACAUUAAUGUAGAAAUCAAAGGAGAGGAGACAGUCGCCCCGUAUCACGUUCAGUACACCUGUUUGCAUGAAAACCUCUUCCAUUAUGUGACGGACAUCCAGAACAAUGGUGUGGUAAAGAUCCCUGAUGCUAAAGGGGAUGAUGCAUGGAAGGUUUACUUUGAGGAGACGCCCCAGGAGAUUGUAGAUGAGUUUGCCAUGCGUUACGGAGUGGAGUCCAUCUACCAGGCGAUGACCCACUUCGCCUGCCUGUCAUCUAAGUACAUGUGCCCAGGUGUGCCUGCAGUGAUGAGUACCCUGCUGGCUAACAUCAAUGCCUACUACGCCCACACCACCCAGGCAACCAACAAUGUCUCUGCCUCCGACCGCUUUGCCGCUUCUAACUUUGGGAAAGAGCGAUUUGUCAAGCUUCUAGAUCAGCUGCACAACUCUCUGAGGAUCGACCUGUCCAUGUACCGAAACAACUUCCCAGCCAGCAGUCCUGAAAGGCUGCAGGACCUCAAGUCCACAGUGGACCUCCUCACCAGUAUCACUUUCUUCAGAAUGAAGGUCCAGGAACUUCAGUCUCCACCCAGAGCCAGUCAGGUAGUGAAGGACUGUGUCAAAGCCUGUCUCAACUCCACCUACGAGUACAUCUUUAAUAACUGUCAUGAGCUCUACAGCCGCGAGUAUCAGACAGACCCGGCCAAACAGGGUGCUGUGCCUCCAGAGGAGCAAGGACCAAGCAUCAAGAAUCUGGACUUCUGGUCCAAACUCAUCACCCUUAUUGUCUCCAUUAUCGAGGAGGACAAGAACUCCUACACUCCCUGCCUAAACCAGUUUCCCCAGGAGCUCAACGUGGGUAAAAUCAGUGCUGAAGUGAUGUGGAACCUGUUUGCUCAGGAUAUGAAAUAUGCAAUGGAGGAGCAUGAAAAAAAUCGCUUGUGUAAGAGUGCAGAUUACAUGAACCUGCAUUUCAAGGUCAAGUGGCUAUACAACGAGUACUGCAAAGACCUGCCCUUCUUUAAGAGCAGAGUGCCUGAAUAUCCUGCGUGGUUUGAGCCGUUUGUCAUCCAGUGGCUGGACGAAAAUGAGGAAGUGUCUCGGGACUUUCUGCACGGUGCUUUGGAAAGAGACAAAAAAGAUGGGUUCCAGGUCACAUCAGAACAUGCUCUGUUCUCCUGUUCGGUGGUGGACGUGUUCUCCCAGCUCAACCAGAGCUUUGAGAUCAUUAGGAAGCUUGAGUGUCCAGAUCCACAGAUUGUAGGACACUACAUGAAGCGAUUUGCUAAGACCAUUAGCAAUGUACUUCUGUCCUAUGCUGACAUCAUCUCCAAGUUGUUUGCCAACUAUGUCACCAUGGAGAAAGUGCCCUGCAUCCUGAUCAACAACAUCCAGCAGCUGAGAGUUCAGCUGGAGAAGAUGUUUGAAGCGAUGGGUGGAAAAGAUUUGUGUGUGGAAGCCAGCGACAUCCUAAAAGACCUGCAGGUUAAGCUCAACAAUGUCAUGGAUGAUCUCAGCAGGGUCUUUUCUGUCAGUUUCCAGCCUCAUAUUGAGGAGAAUGUGAAGCAGAUGGGAGACAUCUUGGCUCAGGUGAAGGGAACUUCAAAUGUAGGGAAUGCCAGCAGCGUGGCCCAGGAUGCUGACAAUGUCUUGCAGCCCAUCAUGGAGUUCCUGGACAGCAACCUGACUUUGUUUGCAAAGAUCUGUGAGAAGACUGUGCUGAAACGUGUGUUGAAGGAGCUGUGGAAGCUGGUGAUGAACACCAUGGAGAAGACCAUUGUGCUGCCACCGCUCACAGACCAAACGGGCACUCAGCUCAUCUUUAAUGCCGCCAAGGAGCUGGGACAGCUGUCCAAGCUGAAGGAGCACAUGGUUCGUGAGGAGGCCAAAGCGCUCACACCUAAGCAGUGCGCUGUGAUAGAGCUGGCUCUCGACACCAUCAAGCAAUACUUCCAUGCUGGUGGUGUGGGUCUGAAGAAGACUUUCCUGGAGAAAAGUCCUGACCUCCAGUCUCUCCACUACGCCCUGUCCCUCUACACACAGGCCACAGAUAAACUCAUUAAGACUUUUGUCCAGUCACAGAACGCACAAGUGUUCGGCGGGAAGGGGGUGAGGUUCACCACUAGUGAGGAUGUUUACCCAGACAAGGGCUCUGGGGUGGACGAUGCCGUAGGAGAAGUGUCCAUCCAUGUGGAGAUUUUCACUCACCCCAACACUGGAGAGCACAAGGUCACAGUGAAAGUGGUGGCUGCCAAUGACCUGAGGUGGCAGACGCAGGGAAUAUUCCGGCCAUUUGUGGAGGUCUAUAUCAUCGGCCCUCACCUCAGCGACAAGAAAAGGAAGUAUGCCACCAAGUCGAAGAACAAUAGCUGGGCUCCCAAAUACAAUGAAACCUUCACUUUCACCCUGAGCAACGAGGUGGGUCCUGAGUGCUACGAGCUGCAGGUGUGUGUGAAGGACUACUGCUUCGCCCGAGAGGACCGCACCGUGGGCAUGGCCGUCCUGCAGCUGAAAGACAUGGCCUCCAAAGGCAGCGUCGCCUGCUGGCUGCCGCUGGGUAAACGCAUCCACAUGGACGAGACGGGCCUCACCGUCCUGCGCAUCCUCUCCCAGCGCAACAACGACGACGUGGCCAAGGAGUUUGUCAAGCUCAAGUCCGACCAACGUUCCGCCGAGGAGGGCCGCAGCUAAGAGCCAAAACGACCCGUCUGAAGCUCGAUCGGAUGUCGCUACCUGCUACUGCCCUGGAGCUCUGCCCGAGCCACUGCUAGCCACUGCCCUGAUGAUCCAGUGUUGUAAAAGCACAGAUAAGACAACAGUCACCACACACCCAGUGCUGUAAAUACAUUCAUUUCAGUGGAAAAGACGCAGUGCUAAGCAAAGCAUCACUUUAAUUUUCUUCAAAAAAUCAACAGUGUCUUUGUUGUUACAGAUAUCAAGCAUCUUUCGAUGAACAGCGCAUACAGUUUAAUCACAGAGCAUACAUCUACUUUCCUCUAUCUGUAGAGGCAGGUUUUGCCAUUCCAUAACCACAGACAGGCACAUAUACAUGCACACCUCGUUUGACUAGUCAGGGUGAGAAAUAUCUUGUAGCCUUUAAUGUUUUGGCUUUCUUUCUCACUUUUUCUCUGCCUUUUUAAAUUACCUUUUUUACCCAUCCCCCCCCUCUUCCCUACAUUCCAGUCCCUCUCGUCCCUUCCCUGGCCUGCACCCGCUCAGAGAAGGGACCGCAAGUGCCAACAGAUAAUCGCUGAAAUAUGCCAAGACCGGCCCUAAGCACAACAGGACCAACUGUCCGACUGACCCACUAACAACAACUUACGGCCGCAAGGCCUCAAACAUUCCAGAUAUCGGGCUGGGGAGCACAUAUAUUGGGAACAAAGCACUAUUUAGUUAUGAUACUUUUAAUGUUUAUUUUACUUUCUUCGAAAUUAUAUUUAUAUUUGAAUAAUUCUAUCAUUAUAAAUCUAGUAUAAUAUAUGAAGGACAUAUGUAAAGUUCUACAGGAUUAUUCAGUGGAUGUGUGGUACUUCAAAGAUUGUCCUUCUCUGUCUUCAUGUCCGUCUACCCUGUAACAGAGCACACUGCCUGACACCCUCAAUGCCUUCUGUCUUGUUGACCCUCGUACAGUAUGUCUGUCUCCUAUAGAGCGACUGUAUAGAGAGAUGAAUCUGAUGAGAACAUGCCUUCAAGCACUGUGAUUCAUCAGAGUAUGUAUGUGAGAGUGUGCGUGUGAAUGUAUGAUCUGCGUUUGAGCAUGUGUGAGUGUGUUUGUAAUAUGUUCUGAUGUUGACCUCAUGUAGCUGCCCGUGUUGCCUGUUGCCUGCAAAUGUAGAUCACAGAAAGCCAUCACAAACAGAGAACAUGACACAAAAAAGGGGUGGAGAAGUUGUUGGUUAGAUUUUGGAAAGUGUUUAAUUUUGGGGAGGAUAAAACUUCUAUCUUCUGAUGGUUAUUCCAUCUUCUUUGUGUUACUCUAAACAUUCCACAACUAGACAGCGCUGAGCUGGGUGUGUGAGAGGUGCAGGAUAAAGGAAGAAACACUCACCUUCUAUUCUUUAAAAAAAAACAUCUUGCCAAAUCAAAAUGCAUGUAAGGACAUCAUAAAAACAAGUCCCUGAAAACGUAUUUUGCAAAAGCAACAUCCCGUGGGUUACAAAACCAUACACCCUGCACCCCAAGGAAAGGCGAAUUGCCAUUGAUACUGCUACCCAUGAUCCCCUAAUGAUGCAUCCGCAGGCGCUGCAACCCUGAUCCCUGAUACCGAGAAAGUCAGACCUCCACUAAAGGGCUGCAGAUCCAGACCACACCUGGUCUGGCACUGACACUUAAAAGAGGGCCUAGUCUGUUACUCUAAUCAGUGUAGAGAACGGAGAUGUCAUACAAGGAUUUAGAAGCACAGGGUCUUCGCUGCACCCAUAAUAACACACUUAAACUCUGAUCUUGUUUUGUUUGUCCCUCAUUAUUUUUUUAAUGAAAUGACAGGAAUUACACAUCAUCCUGUGGUUAGAUUAAAUAUAGAGUCAAUGUCAUGUGGAGCUGAAUUGGCCUUGGACUGUCAACAUGUCUCUUGAUGCCAUUUCUAUUUUCACUGAAUGCCAUUUUUUUUAAAGACUGAUUGUUUUAUUUGUCUAUAUGAGGUUUGUACGCUUGUUGUGAGCAAAAAAGCAUCCAGGCUAGGAAAUGAUGUUAAUGACUGGGGUCCUCAAGACUCAGAAAAACAUUUAACAACGACAGGGUGUUUUCUUUGUUUUUCUAUUGCUGCCUCUUUAUUAAGUUUCCCCUGACAAGGGCCUCUCUCACCCAAAGCACCUGAUCACAACUGAAUAAUUUACAUGGCCCUCUCUUUUGAACAAGGUGUAAGAACUGAACUCUAUGCAUCUAAUAUAUGAAAAAUCUAUGUAGAUGAGUCAUUUUAUGAAGCAGUCUUAUAAUGUUUACAUUGUGGAUUAUUAUUCUAAUUAUAUCAGCACAAGCGUUUGUCUGAUAUGUUGUAAAUGCUGUCUCUAUUGUAAUGGGCCAAAUAUCCCGGCUGUAGUAGAGCUGAUUAGGGACUGAAAUUUGUUUGUACAGCUUUUCAGCACAGAGGAAAAUAAUCGGGGGAACAGAGAGCUGGUGUUGUUGUCAUUGGGCAUUGUAAAUAGCUCGGAUGUAACAAACACACGUCAGCGUAUGUGAAGUGAAGUUUGCUGCUCUUUUGUAGACUUGAAUUUUGCUCUGGGUGACUGGGCAGUUGCGAGUGUGUGUCUGUGUGUGUGUAUGUGAGUGUGUGGUUGCCCAAUCUGGAAAUGUAGCUAUUAUUGAAGAUAUAGAUAUAGAUAUAGGGAGACUGUGUACACACUGGAGAUGAAUAACAAAUAAUUUGAACCAAUCUGAUGUUUAAUGGGCCUGAGUAACAACUAAAUAAAUAAACUGUCAGACUUUUUACACUGGCAUUAUACAUCAUCAGGCUGCAAAAGGAAACUAGUUAAAUUAAACUAAAGUGAAUCUAAGCAUGUUGUGUGCCUCUUUGGCGUGUACAAGGUCUUUUAUUCAAACAGAACAUCUGCACACUCUUCUAAUAACUUUAGAUAACAGGUAAACAACUGUCACAUAGCUGGAAAUGCCACGAAAAAAAAAUCAUUAUUUAUUGCUGUUGACAAUGAUACUUUAGUCGAGUCCUCCUCCAGAGGAUCAAGUUUGCCUGUUGGGGUAUUGGAGCUGGCAUGAGAAACAGGAAUGCACGCAGAAGUUAGAAGGAACAAAGGGUAAAAUGUAGAAGCACAACGAAAAGCACAGAGGCACAAAGCGGACAGACAUGCAUGAUCUGUCCUGUUCUGUCCAGCUAACCGGGCCACACAGAAAAGACAACCUGCACAGCGAUGCCAGUCCUGUACUUCCAGAAACGGUGCAUGAUAGGAACAAUAAAACAAAAAAAGAAAAAAAUUUAUUGUGCCAGCACGGAUAAUUAUUUGAUGUUAAUUGCCAAUUGUUGUCUUCUUUAUUUUGAUAUUUCAUUCUUGUUUUCUAUUUUUCAAAUGGUUGUGAAUAUAUAAAUAUGUAUUACUGAUGAUGUGUAGUGGUACAAAGUACUCGCAUGAGCAAUUUUUUUAUACACGAGAUGUUUAUAAUUUUUUGUUUGGUUUUUUUUGUUUUUUUAUUCUGGUUGUUCUUAUUGGGGGUCGAGGUUACUGAGACUGCAGUCUCAUUGUGUUUCUGCUUCCAAUAAAAUAUGAAAAAAAGCUUCAUUUCAGUCCUUUCUUUGUAAAACUGUACAAAGACAUAGCUGCAUUUUUUCUGACUGCAGAAUGGCCUGAUUUUAAAUUUAUCCAUUAAAAAAAUGUUAAUUCUCUCUCACCAGUUAGUUACCUGAGAUGCUAAUUUUUGACCCUGGACAGUAUACUGACGAAUCAUCUUACUUGAACUAGUUAAUGCGCCUAGAAAAUGGAAGAGAGGAAUUAAAUCAACAAAACAA